AUCUUAACACCAGAUGCAGUGGUCUGACUGGUAAGCAAAUCGCCGCCCUCAAAGCGGCCACCAGCUUAGAGUGGACUUGCCUUGAAUGCCAGCGGGAAUCACCAAGACGCAAUUCAUCAAUCAUUAUUCCGGAAGAAGACGACGAAGACGACAACACACCUGUUCAAAUCGACGCAAAGAAGCUGUUGAGCAACAUUUCCAAGGAAAUUGAAAAGGCGAUUAAAAGUGAGAUGCGUGAACUUAAUGAGGCAUUGCAGUUUCAUAGUGGAAAGCUAGACGAAGUCGUGGAGUGUAUGGACGCAUUCAAACAAACUAUUAAAGCACUCGAAAGGAAGAAUGUGGAGCUAACGAAUAAAAAUAAUAACCUAGAAACUCGUAUCGGAGCCCUCGAGCAACGAUUACAAGAAAUCGAGCAAGAAAAGCUUAUAAAUUCAGUGGAAAUUGCAAAUGUACCAUACCAGAGCACAGAAGCGGACAGUAAAAUAUUGGAAAAGGUGGCCCUGAAACUCCAACUACCCAUUGGAGGUAUAAAAAGCUCACGAAGACUCCAAGGGAAGAAAGAACAACCGCCGAACAUUAGAGUGGAAUUACAAGACGAAAGUACUCAAGAACAAUGGAUUACGGCUGCUAAAAGCAUCAAAACUAUGGUAGUGGACCUUUGCCCCUCCGAGAAAAAUAAUAAGGAUAUAGUUUACAUCAGUGAAGCAAUGACGAAAACCAACAAGACCUUACUGUGGAAGGCUAAGCAAGAACUAAAGAUUAACCAGAAAUUCAAGUACGUAUGGUUUAAAAAAGGAUUCGUAAAGGCACGCAAAGACGACGGUUCAAAAACCUAUAUUUUACGAACCAUGGCGGAUGUAAACGCCCUACUAAAGAACAAAACGUAAGGCAUUAUUUGAUACCUGCGUUAUAUACCUGCGUUUUAAUAUGGACAGUUCACUAGACGAAAUUUACG